AUGUAUAUAAAAGCGCGCUUUCUGUGCGAAGAUUUCAUAAACCGUUCAGAAGUUGGUGCCACACAGUUUUUAAGGUUUAUUUCUUAAUUACCGUAAUCCAUCACUAAACGCUUACAGCAGUAUCCCACAAUGUCGGUGACCAGUGUUGCUUUCCUCCUUGCCGCCUUGUUGACAGUUAGUGUUGUCAUUAAAGUGAUCGAUGCUUGUGCAGAUGCCGGAAAGUGUACUAUCUCUAAGCCAUCAGACGGAAAAGACAAGGAAAAAGUAUGCAAAGAUAUCAAUGAUUAUCUUACAUGUCUGGGAGACGCUGCGGAGAAAUGUGGUGCUGGUAGUGCGGAUACUAUAACAGCGCCCGCCAGAAAGCUCUUGACUGGGGCAGGAUGUUCCGGUUCCGGUGCACCUGUCCUUAGUUUUUUAACCAUGGUACUGGGAGUCGUCGUUUCCCGAUUCUUUAACUAAUGAUGAAAUUAAAAGGACCACAGCCAACAAAAAAAAAACAAAAAAAAACGCUUGCCCUUAAAAAAAUGUUCUAUAAAACAAAGAAUAAUUGCUUUGCUCUUUUCCAGACUUCAUGACUUUUUUAUUUUCCUAGUGUUGGAGUGAACACAAUUUUAACUCUACUUUGUACUUUACGUGUCUAUAGUUUCAAAGAAAGAGGCAAGAAACUCUUAUUCUAAUUUGUUUUCUUUUUUAUUUUACUAUAAUCAUAGAAAUAUCAUUAAAGAUCUUUCAGACAUCC